GGUUGCGCCGCCGUAGCCGUCGAGGCUAUCCCGGGGUGUGCUCAGUCUUGCUUUAUCGACGGGGCGCCGACCAUUGGCUGUGGCGGCUUCGAUUUCGCCUGCCAGUGCGCUCAGGAAUCGGCCAUGUACGCCGCUAUCGAGGGCUGCGUGGCCAGCUCGUGCGAGGAAUCAGAGGCCCAGAAUGUCAUUGACGGCGCCACAGAAGUGUGUGAAUGUGCCCCGGGAGGCUCUGAAGGCGGCAGUCAAAGCUCGCAGACCGUGUCCAGGACCCUGGUGCGGCCUUCUCAGACAGCGAGCUUUUGGUCGUCGUCGAACACGGUUCUGCCGCUAUCAAACACCGUGCUCCCGAGCCCCAUCCCCAUCUCGCCGACAAGUGAGAGCGGCGACGGUGGUGGUGGUAUCCCGAUCACCACGCCAACCUAUUUUGCAAUAUCGUCGUCUGGUGCAGAUCACCAGUCAAUAUUCGGACUCGGGCUUGCAUGGUCGAUAGCAUGUGCUGUGGCCUUUGUCUUCGUGGCGCCAUAGACAGCUGUUUGAGAGGUCGCAGCGAAGACUGAGCUUUCAGCAACCAAAAACGGAACCGAUGGGGGAAAGGAGGUGCAGGUUUCCUGCUAUUUCAUGCUUCGCCCUGCCGAAGUCGAACGUCCAGGAUACCGCACAGUAAGCUGAAA